AUGGAAGAGAAAAAUUUCACUAAAGUGAGAGAAUUCAUCCUUUUAGGUUUCACUGCGGACUUGAGGUUGCAACGAGUACUUUUUUUCAUCUUCCUCUUCAUUUAUGGCAUUAGUCUCUUAGGAAAUACCACCCUGAUUUCUUUGAUUUGUGUUGACUCUCGGCUCCAUACCCCCAUGUAUUUCUACAUUGGAAACUUGUCAUUCCUGGAUCUCUGGUAUUCCUCUGUCUAUGCCCCCGAAAUCCUGAUAACUUGCAUCUCUGAUGACAAAAGCAUCUCUUUGGCUGGCUGCCUGGCACAGUUCUUCUUUUCCGCUGGGCUGGCCUACAGUGAGUGUUACCUGCUGGCAGCCAUGGCUUACGACCGCUAUGUUGCUAUCGCCAACCCUCUGCUUUAUUCCCAGGCCAUGUCCCCAAGGUUAUGUGCCAGUCUUGUUGCAAUUUCAUAUCUUGGCGGGUUUGUGAACUCAACCUUAAUAACCACCGAGACGUUUACACUGGAGUUCUGUGGCAGCAUCAUUGAUGACUUCUUCUGUGACCUGCCCCCACUGGUGAAGUUGGCUUGUGAGGUCAAGGAAAGCUACCAGGCUGUGCUGUACUUUAUCCUGGCCUCCAACAUCAUCACUCCCACCAUGCUUAUUUUUGCCUCUUACCUCUUUAUCUUCACAGCCAUCCUGAGGAUCCGCUCCAUCCAGGGCCGCCUCAAGGCCUUUUCCACCUGUGGAUCUCACCUGACAGCUGUCACCUUGUAUUAUGGUUCAAUUCUGUUUAUUUACUCUCGGCCAAGCACUAGCUAUGCUCUGGAACGCGAUAAAGUAGUGUCGGUUUUCUAUACGGUGGUGAUUCCCGUGUUGAAUCCUAUGAUCUACAGCUUAAGAAACAAAGAUGUCAAAGAUGCCUUUAGAAAAAUGUUAGAAAGAGCAAAUUUUCUUAAAUGA